AUGGCAGCACCUCCUGAGGUCACCAUUCUCGACCUCAGUGGCAAGUACAUGAUGAAUAAAUCGUUUAGCGAUGACACCGACGAAAUCCUGCGCCUGCAGGGAGUGGGGUGGUGGACACGCAAAGCGAUCCAGAUGUCCAAUCUCUAUCUCUCGUGCAAGCAUUACAAGGAUGACAAGGACGUUGAACACAUCGACAUUGGUCAGACAUUGAGUGGGGGAGUCUCUGGGACGACGGAAAAUCGCAUUCUUGACUGGGUGGAGCGCCCUAACGAAGACAAUGUCUUCGGGGCAGUAAAGUCCAAGAGUAAGCGCAUCAGGGUAGAGGACAUCGAGAACGAAUUCCUAAAGGAAGGGUGGCUCGAUGAUACCAAGGAACACGGCGCAGUCUUAACUAUCGCAACAAGCGAUACGGAGAAGAGCGGAAUGUCGUGGGUUGCAGAGCAGUCGUGGGGUUUCCAAGAUAUCAACGGCGAGCGACGGUACACUAGACAUGUUAACUUCACUGGAUCAAACGGAGAGAAUGUUCAAGCUCGGCUUGUGUACGACUAUCAGGGGCCGCUAUGA